AACAGAUAUUCCAUGCAUUUAAAAUAUAAUGCCCAAUAUACAUAGAUCGUAUUGCUUACAAACUACACCCUUAGACGGCGCCAUAUGAAAAAAAAAGUCUCAGAGGAUUAACAAUGGAUAUUCAAUUCAGUCCAGUUUCUUACACCACAGUGGUGCCAGUUAAUUUAUCGCAUCUUCCCAGCCCUCAUUGGAAUUGUUUGAUAAAAAUCGGUGAGCCAGUGGUAAUUAUCGGGAAAUAGUGCAGUAGACAAGAAGGUAUUCCGGCUCGAGCUAAUGCGCCUCGCAAUUUAAAUACAUCUUACAUUCCACGACUUACAGAGGCGCAUUGAAGUGGCACAAGCGCUCUAUCUGAUGCAUUUGAACUGAAGAAAUCAUAACAUUAUCUGUCAACGCGUAGGGCAAUUCAACAAGUUUCUCAAAGGAAAAAUCAGUCCGCGGCUGAAACCCAAGCAAUAUGGAGAGUCUGGAAAGAAAACAGCGGUCAGUAAUGGAGCCGCCCGAUGAGUUUAUUCAAGUGCAUUUUCUGGAGACGAGCGAAGACCAUGGAAUACUCGAUCCGGACGACAUGUUAUGCGAUGUAGUGGAUGAUAAGGACAAGCUACUUGCAGUAUUUCAAGAAGGUACCUCGCAGACUCUUCAUCGUCCAGCUCAAAAUGGUGGAUAUGGGACAAGUGCGUCAUCAGUAGGAACAGCAAGUCCAGACCUCUCCCAGCAUGAAGAUGAGGCUCCAAAAUAUAUAGAGGAACCGCCGCUGAAACCAUAUACUUCAAUCAACAAUAAUAAGACUGAAAACACCAAUGGUGAAAUCAAGACUGUAUCCAGGGUAAUAAAAAGCCCUCCACCGCCAGUUCCACCUAAACCUGUAAGACAUAUCAGUGUGAACAGUAGCAGGACCUCUUACAUCGAAUCGACACCAGCAUCAGAAGAUUCUGGAAUAUCUUCACAGGAUGAUCGAUAUCGAAUAAGUUCGGAUUCAUCAAAGUCUGAAACAACUGAGAAUGUAAUAGUGAAACCCACAAUUUACAGGACAGGAGAGGCAACAUUUGUUGCCAUAGGGACGCCUGUUAAACAGGCAAUGUAUAAUGGUCAUGCUAACAUGGACAGAAGACGUUUUUCAUCAACAAGCUCUGACCAUGCUGAUAAUGAACACAGUAAUAGUGAAGUGGAAGAAGAAACAUUUUCAUUGGGUAGGAACAGUACACGGAAAUCUAUGUUUGUAGACAGCCCUAUGCUGGACAGAUGGGCAGAGCUACAGGAGGAGAGAAUGUUUGUGAAUAAUAACCAUCAAGAGGAGCCAGUGAGUACGGUAACAUCACCGUCAGAGCCAAGCUCUAAUGAACCAGACUUUGCCGCUAAAUAUAAUGAUGAUCAGCACUCAGAAAGCUCAGAGAGCAGUGGGGAACCUGAUAUGCUUAUGAUUGAGUUAAAACGCGAGGAUCCUCUAGAGCCAUUAGGAUUCACAGUAGCAGGAUACAGAACAGCAGAUAGCAGGGAACUUGGUCUCAUUGUUCGUAAUAUUUCACCCUCCGGCUGUGCGGCAAGAGAUGGUAGACUUGAAAUUGCUGAUAGGAUUGUUGAGGUUAAUGGAUGGAGUCUUUUGGACAUGCCAAAUGAAAGAGCAGAGGAGCUGUUUGCUGCUGCUAUCAAGGCGCCUGUGGUCAACCUUGGUGUGUCGCGUUCACAUUCAUUUGUUCCUGGACAGAAGAGUGACGCACAACAUGAAGGGGAAGUCAUACAAGCUCGGCCUGCACCAGAAAAUAGCCAAUCAGAGCCUCAGGAGCAAUCACAGAGAGAAGUAUUACCUUUAACACCUCAAUCACUCGUUGGUUCACCUUCGAUUCCUGAUAGCAGCUUCAAGAAAGUUAACAAGAGAAUUCUUAUUGAACUAAUGAAAGGAAAUGACGGUCUUGGAUUUAGCAUCACAACACGUGACAAUCCUGCAGGAGGGAAUACUCCCAUAUUUGUGAAGAGUAUCUUGCCUAAAGGUGCUGCUAUUGAAGGCGGCCAGUUAAAAGCUGGUGAUCAAAUUGUGGAGGUAAACGGGCAGAAAAUGGCCGGCAAAAGCCAAGCGGAAGCCGUGAAUACUCUUCGAGGCACCAGAGGUCUGGUGACGAUUCUAGUUCAAAGAGAAGAAGUGGUUCAAUCUCCCCGGACGCCCGCUAUAGAGGUCAAUGAAGACAGCUUGCGCCAUUUUAGGGAAGAAGGUCUCCAAGUACUUACAUUCAAAAUUCCUUUGGACCUGUCUGGCGCGGCAGGCCUGGGCGUGAGUGUAAAAGGCAAGUCACGUGCUACGUCUCAACAAGGUCGCGACAGUCCUCAAGACAAAGGCAUCUUUGUCAAGUCUAUUAUUCCAGGGGGUGCUGCAGCCAAGGAUAACCGUCUAUGCCCAGACGACCAGCUCCUCCGUGUGAACAAUAAAUCCCUGGUGGGUUUAACGAACCAAUCGGCAAUGGAGACUCUGAGACUUGCUAUGCAAUCCACGAGACCCAAUCAGGCUUUCAUUGAUGUUACCAUAGCGCGUGAACAAGACGAGACCAACCCACCCCCCGGGGAGUUACUCCAGAGCAGGUCCCUUGAGGAGCUGAACGCGCCUGAUCAAGAGAGGCCCAUAGAAGCAGUGUCUGUGGAGGAGCCACAGCGCAGUACCUCAGAAACUGAUGGCGGUGUUCCCAAUAAAGAACCUACUUGCAGUAUUUCAAGAAGGUACCUCGCAGACUCUUCAUCGUCCAGCUCAAAAUGGUGGAUAUGGGACAAGUGCGUCAUCAGUAGGAACAGCAAGUCCAGACCUCUCCCAGCAUGA